GUUUCUCACCUUCCAAUGGCUGAAGCUGAUACUUUAUGAUAUCACGCUCGUGAUUCUCGUGAACAACGUUUCCGGUCGGCUGUUCACCUCACUUUGUUUGAAAACAAAUCACUCCCUUUGAUGCGCACUGUUCAUCAGUUAAUGCAAGGCAGCGGUCAUGGGGGAAAACGACGACAGUGAGAUAAUCGAGCACCAUGUCGACGAGGCCAUGGAGAAGAAGACAAGUCAAAGGAGCCAGACUCGCUCUUUUCUGGAGAGCGUCACUUCAUCUGAAAGAGAUGGCCACAGUAGUACGCAAUCUUCGCACCGUCUUCUUGCGUACAGCGAUGCGCUCAUAUCCAUCAUAGCGACUGUCAUGAUAUUGCCAGUAGCCCACACAAAAAUUGGAGAACAUGAGGAGCUAAAGGAGAGCUUCCAGCUGCUGCUGGCCACUAAGAUUGCAGUGUACCUCAUGACAUUUCUGAUCGUCACUGUGGCAUGGGCUGCCCACAUCAGGUUAUUUCAAGUCAUUGAGCGCAUAGAUGACUUCCUUGCACUUCUCAAUUUGGCCUGUAUGAUGCUGAUCACCUUUCUCCCUUACACAUUCACCUUGAUGGCAACAUUCCCAGAAAACGUCCUUGGGAUUCUCCUCUUCUGUGCCUGUGUGAUGGUCAUUGGUCUAAUUCAGGCGGCGAUAGUGAUAUACGGGUUCAGCCGGCCUUUUCUCCUGAACGAGCAGAUUCAGAUCUCCCAGGACCAGGCCUACUUUAAGCACCACAUCCUCAAGGUGAUCAUGAGAGUGCCCAUCAUGUGCCUCUUCGCCAGCAUCUUCUCCUUCAUCUUCUUCCAGCUGUCUUAUGUCAUUCUAGCCAUUGUCAUCUUCCUGCCCUACAUAGCGCAGUCUUUGAAAUGGUGUAAGGCUAAGGCUAUUGGUCAGCCCCUGGAGGACGAGCCGGACGCCGUGCUGUUCUACACGUACCACCCCAGCGAGCCUCUCAGCAAGGAGCGCGUGGAGGCCUUCAGCGACGGGGUCUACGCUAUUGUGGCCACACUUCUUAUUCUGGACAUAUGUGAGGAUAACGUUCCUGACCCCAUCACGGUGCAGGAGAAGUUCGGGGGCAGCCUGGUGGCGGCGCUGAGGGACUACGGUCCUGAGUUCCUGGCCUACUUCGGCUCGUUCGCCACGGUGGGCCUGCUGUGGUUCGUACACCACUCGCUCUUCCUGCACGUGACGCGCGCCUCGCGCCUCAUGGGCCUCUUCAACACCUUCUCCCUGGCGUUCGUAGGCGGCCUGCCGCUGGCCUACGAGCUGACCACCGAGUUCCGGCACGACCCGCGCAACGCGGCCGAGGCCGUGCAGGCCAGCUGCGUCAUCCUCUUCUUCGCCGGCAUCUUCCAGCUGGCCAUCUGGGUGGCGGCGCUGUUCGACGAGCGCCAGACGCUCCACCCACUGGUGCGCUACGGCGGCCGCGACCACGCCUUCAUGCUGGCCAAGCUGGCGCUGUACCCGUGCGUGGCGCUGGGCACCUACUUCCUGACGUGCGUGCUCAGCGAGUUCAGCGCGUCCAUCUUCCACCUCAUGCAGCUGGCCGUGCCCGUGGCCUUCCUCCUGCUGCGGCUGCUGGUGGGCCUGAGCCUGGUCCUGCUCCGUGCCCUGCUGACCGCCCUGCGCAAGACGCCCGAGGGCGCCGCAGCCGCAGCCGAAGGAGGAGGACUGAUGGAGGAGGACGAAGAGGCGCGGGUGCCCUACAGCGAUGUGGUCAGCUAGUGUGCCGCUUCUGUCUUGGGCGUCUCGUCGUGGACAUCCUGCCCCGUCCCUCGCCCCUCUCACGCCCCUCUGCAGUCUAAGCAUCAAAACCCGCUCCGAAAAGCACAGGUGCUGCAGCGGCAGUGGGGUCUCUUCCUGUAAUGCUUUCAGUGCCCUAUUUCACUGAUCUGAGAGCAGUGUGCCUGACGUCUCUGCUGACACCUUAACCCAUCACAAGCGACGCAUGAAAACUGAUCCCGGUGCAAGUGGAGACUAGCAUAAGAUGAGGAGCCAGUGAUGUCAUUCAGUAGCUCUGGGUGCAGAGCCAGUAGGACUAGGGCUUCAUGGUGUCAUAAUGCAUUGCCUAAUAAGGAUUUAGGAAAGAAAAAGAGCAGAGGGGAGAGGCUAGAAUGACAAAGUCAUUAUCAUUUGGGUUAUUAAGGUGUCAAUACUGACCCCUGCUGGACAGUCUGAGCAGUGCUGACAUUUAGCCAUCAUAGACCCCAUCACCUCACAUGAGAAGCCCCUGGCUGCAGCUUGCAGAUCGGGGCUGGGCUCAAUGUGGGGCGGAGCGCAACGUUGAGCUCAGCCCACCUUCAGCACGUCUUCUCAUGCUGACAAUGUCCGUAGGGCCUACCUUGUUUGCUACUGUCCAACAUAAUCUCUAGGAAGAAUGCUUAAAUCUAUAUUAUAUAUGAUAAUAAUAUAAUAUAUAAUAUAAUAUAAUAUAAUAUGAUUUUUGUGUCGCGAUCACACCCUAUUAAAUUUAUGUAUAAACAAUAGGCUAUAAUAGAGGCCAGUAUUAUGUUCUCUACUCUUAGCAGACCUUGUUGACCAUAUAUUGACCAUAUAUUAUAGGGAUGCUAAAGAGGUUCAUUGUUGCAUGUUCCCGGGACUCGCACAGGCUACUAAACUAUUCUAUAAAGAAAAUACCGAUAGGCUAGAGAUAAAAUGCAUUAAUAAUGUUAUUGCUAUAGGCCGAUGUUUAUGCAGACUGGAUGUAAUUAUCUUUAUGGCAUAGCGUAGGCCUACUUAUAUUAAGAAACGCCGAUGGUGUAGCACAGAUUCUAGAACGCUAGGGGGGAAGGGACAUGAUUAACGUGGGCAGUAGUUCAAGGAGGAUGCGCUUUUAUACAGUUAAGCAUUCUAACUUGAGAAAAAUUGAACUCCGAGUCCGGGUAAAUAGACGGACACAGAGAGGUCAAUGGGUAAUGACGAGCUGAUUUUGGGCUGAGCGCAACGUUGCGCUCUGCCCCACAUUGAGCCCAGCCCCGAUCUGCAAGCUGCAGCCAGGGGUACUUGGCUCACAUUACUGCCGUCCAUAUAGAUCUAAUGCUGGCUUAUUUUUUUUAUAUUAAAAACGGCCCUAUUGUUUGAUUUUGAUUUAAUAUACUAAAUCAUUAAUACUGUAUUUUUGUAUUCAUGAAGUGUACUCUAUGAUUUUAAGAUUAUGUUUUAUUUUUCAUUUUGUAUUGUUUUGGUUUUUUGUUUGCUAUGUUGAUGAUGUUUCCUAUGGACUAUAAUAACAUAUGUGUCAACUAUUUAUUCAGCUGAAUCAUAGACAUUUGAAGAUGUUGCUGUUGAUCGGUUUAAGCUUGAGGUUCAUUGAUGUGUUUGAAGCAUUAAGUCAGAACUAAGGACAGCGUCUGAGGACUUUGGGUUUUAGAAACGAAUAAUCUAGUGGGAGUAGACCACUUUAAAACAGUAACAGUCACAUUUUAAUCACUAACAGUGUCACUUUCUUCAUUGAUGCUUCUAAUAGCCUGACACUAAUACAUUGUGUCAGGCUUUGACCAAUGAUUGCAUAAGGUCCACUCCAGGGAGAGAGGCUGUGUCGGCAAAGCCGAAUAAUCCAUACAGAGAGUCUCUGCCUAAAUUUAGCAAUCAGAUGAACCCGUCUUAAUGUCAUCAGAACCUAAAGAGCAACAUCUCACUUCCCAUCAGCCCUGCAUUAUGUUGCACAGGGACAAACAAUGUUUUUCACUUUUCUCGCUAUCCACAAUAGAGCUUACACAGCCAGUGGCAUUUCUGGUAUUGUGUCUCGUGUUGGCGGUCACAUAUAAAUGCACUUAUAAUGUUUAUGUUUGUGCAUCAUCUACACCUGCUCAUACGGUACCUAUAUGUGUAAGUGAUGCAGGCGAUUCACUGCUUUUAAACUGGUGUCCUUCACAGUGUAAACUGUGUGUUAUUUAUCAUUAAUGGUAUGUCUUUCUUUUACUGUCUGUCUGGAAAAGAAAUGGAAACUUUGAAUUUUGCACUAUUGAUUCGAAUGAAUUGUUUACAUCUUAAAACGAGGAACCAAGUCCCCAAUGAACAGUCCAUCCAGAUAUCAUGUACUGGUUUAUGUGGCAUCUUAUAACUGACAAGAGUAUCCCUCUAAUGUUACUUGUUUUACUCAGUAAGUGAUUUGUUACUGAUCAGAUACAGUACAUGCAUGGCCUAGAUGUGAACAGUGUAUGUAUUGUCCACCAGGUGGCACUUUUGCAACCAAGGCAAUCAUUCUUUUUUCCCCCCUCAAGCACCUAAGCUGUGAAGCAGCAGCAAAGCGUCCAAGUUUAAAUAUGUCCUAUCAUGAAGCUGUAUCGGCCAAUCUGAGAAUGUUUAGUGGACACUUCACAGUGUCAUCCUGAUGCCCGCUGUAUUAGAUGAUGCCCAAAGCGAGGCCAUGAUGUCCUAGUGAAUAAAGGGAUGCUACUUGCAUAACUACAA